GCAGCUCCCUCCAAGAUGGCGGCGGCGACGGUGGACCCGGGAGCUGGGAGCCCGCAGGCUGGAGAUUCCUCUGGUGGGGGCGCUGGGGGCGGGCUGCCGUCCCCGGGGGAGCAGGAGCUGAGCCGGCGCCUUCAGCGCCUGUACCCCGCGGUCAACCAGCAUGAGACGCCACUGCCGCGCUCUUGGAGCCCCAAGGACAAGUACAACUACAUCGGCCUCUCCCAGGGCAACCUCCGCGUCCACUACAAAGGUCAUGGUAAAAAUCACAAAGAUGCUGCCUCAGUGCGUGCGACUCACCCCAUACCUGCUGCCUGUGGCAUUUAUUACUUUGAGGUGAAGAUUGUCAGCAAAGGAAGAGAUGGGUACAUGGGAAUAGGACUCUCAGCUCAAGGUGUCAACAUGAACAGACUUCCUGGUUGGGAUAAACAUUCCUAUGGUUACCAUGGCGAUGAUGGGCACUCAUUCUGCUCCUCUGGCACUGGCCAGCCCUAUGGUCCCACAUUCACCACAGGAGAUGUGAUUGGCUGCUGUGUCAACCUCAUCAACAGCACCUGCUUCUACACCAAGAAUGGCCACAGCCUUGGUAUAGCCUUCACAGACCUCCCGGCCAACCUCUACCCCACCGUAGGCCUGCAGACCCCCGGGGAGAUUGUGGACGCCAACUUUGGGCAGCAGCCCUUCCUGUUUGACAUUGAGGACUACAUGCGGGAGUGGCGUGCCAAGGUCCAGGGCACUGUGCACUGCUUCCCCAUCAGUGCUCGGCUUGGCGAGUGGCAGGCGGUGCUUCAGAGCAUGGUCUCAUCUUACCUGGUGCAUCAUGGGUAUUGUGCCACAGCCACGGCUUUUGCCCGAAUGACUGAAACCCCGAUUCAGGAAGAACAAGCAUCCAUAAAGAACAGACAAAAGAUCCAGAAGCUGGUGCUGGAGGGCCGUGUGGGUGAGGCCAUUGAGACCACACAGCGCUUCUAUCCAGGACUGCUGGAGCAUAACCCUAACCUGCUCUUCAUGCUCAAGUGCCGACAAUUUGUGGAGAUGGUGAAUGGGACCGACAGUGAGGUCCGCAGCUUGAGCUCCCGAAGCCCCAAGUCCCAGGACAGCUACCCUGGCUCCCCCAGCCUCAGCCCCCGACACGGCCCUAGUAGUUCCCACAUGCACAACACAGGAGCAGACAGUCCCAGCUGCAGCAAUGGCGUCGCAUCCACGAAAAGCAAACAGAACCACAGUAAAUACCCUGCACCCAGCUCCUCCUCCUCCUCCUCGUCCUCCUCGUCCUCCUCAUCCCCAUCCUCCGUCAAUUACUCCGAGUCCAACUCAACAGAUUCCACCAAGUCCCAGCCCCACAGCAGCACCAGUAACCAGGAGACCAGUGACAGUGAGAUGGAGAUGGAGGCAGAGCAUUACCCCAAUGGUGUGCUGGAGAGUGUAGCCACGCGCAUCGUCAACGGUGCCUACAAGCAUGAGGACCUACAGACAGAUGAGUCCAGCAUGGAUGAUGGGCAUCCUCGGCGGCAGCUCUGUGGGGGCAACCAGGCUGCCACAGAAAGGAUUAUCCUGUUUGGUCGCGAGUUGCAGGCACUGAGCGAGCAGUUGGGCCGGGAGUACGGCAAGAAUUUGGCCCACACGGAGAUGCUGCAGGAUGCCUUUAGCCUGCUGGCAUACUCAGACCCCUGGAGCUGCCCAGUUGGCCAGCAGCUUGACCCCAUCCAGAGGGAGCCUGUGUGUGCUGCCCUCAACAGCGCCAUUUUAGAGUCUCAGAACCUGCCAAAGCAGCCCCCUCUGAUGCUCGCCCUGGGCCAGGCAUCUGAAUGUCUACGGCUCAUGGCCCGAGCGGGCCUGGGAUCUUGCUCCUUUGCCAGAGUCGACGACUACUUGCACUAGCUGACCACGCUGGCUGGCCCCACCUGGCCCCUCUCAGCCCCUCUCUAGCCAGAGCUAGAGCAGCCCUGCCCUCCAAAGGCAUCUGGUGGAGGGACCUAGAAGCCAUGGGCAGAGUCCAUUCCUCCUGCCUGGCCUUCCCCAUUCCCUUUCCUGUCUUCCUUUUCUUUCUUCCUUUUCCUUCCCUUUCCCU